CUGCAUAAUCUCUGCGUACGUUUCACUUGAAAUUCAAACUGCAACGCAAUCUAGUUUCUAGUUUCAUUUACAAUUAUGUGCUCCACGUAAACUAUUUAAUAACAAUCAUGUUAAGAGUUUUUAUAAUAUUAGUGGCUUUGCACCAAGCUCAGGUGUUUGCUUACUGGGACAAAGAAGUAAAAUGUCCAGAAGCAUGCAAAUGUCGCUUGGAACACGCCAGCGAGUCACCAAUUCAUCGUUUUAUGCCCAAAGACGAAGAAAUCGACAAGCCUGACGUCCCGGAAGCUAUUGUACUCGAAAAUAACGAUGUGUUUUACGAUUCGGACGACUUAAUUUUCCAUGAAACUUCAUUCAUUCGCACUGCAACAUGCAUAAUACAAUCAGAAAUGACCAUAAACAAACUCCUAGAUGAUCUACCACAAGAAAUAUCCUCACUAAUAUUAAUCCAAGCCACAAAUGCCGGCAACAAAACACUUAGAUUCAGUGAUUUCAUCAACUUCGAAGAAUUGAACAUCCUGGAGAUACAAAGUGCUCAACCAUGGAAUAAACCAUCAAAUCAACAAGAUUCUAUUCAUUUUAUACUGGAUAUAGAUGUCCCACUGCCAAAGUUAAAGUAUUUGAAUCUUGAACGUGUGAUUUUGAGCAAUUCACAGGAGAGAUUGACACAAUUCGAGAAUGAAAUCUUAGUUUUCGAACAUGUGCAGAGAAGUGGUGAUGGACAUUCACUUACGUUCUUAGAAAAACGCACCGGGGAAAUAUUACCCUAUCAAACCUACAAAGAAAACUUAAAAGGUGAAGAUGGGCCACUUUUCAUGGGAUUUAACGAUUUGAAUCUACUGAGAUUGUACGACUGUGAAAUCCAUCACAUACAUCGUGAAAUGUUCGAAGGUCUGUCCAGUUUAAACUAUUUGAUUCUCGAGAAGAAUAAACUACAGUUCAUAUCGGAAUUCUGCUUCUACGGUGCGCCGAAUUUGAAACUUUUGUCUUUGGCAUGGAAUAAUCUCUUGAACAUCGAAAUACGAGAUCUUGCAGGACUGCUAGAGUUGGAAUACUUAGAUUUAUCACAUAAUAACUUCACUCAACUGUCGGAAUUAUCACUGCCGCCAUUUCCAAAGCUGAAAUUAUGUAAUUUCGCUAACAAUCCAAUUACGGACAUAUUUCCGAAUACUUUUGAAGUGAUGAAUACAACUUAUGCAUUGGUUGUUGGUGGAUUAGAACAACCUAUGACUCUACAAUCGAAUUCUUUCUUAGGACUGAAUUUGUUAAUGAGUCUUAAAUUGUAUUAUUUAAACAUACCACUGUUUGAGAGGGAAAUUUUACGUGGUAUGCCAAACUUACAAGUGUUGGUAAUGACUGGAAACAUUCCAGAGAUACAAUACGAUGCGUUUUUGGAAGUUAUCAACUUGGAUACGUUGAUUCUAAGCACUUGCAACCUUAGUAAACUAUCAGUCGACGCUUUUAUAGGUCUAGAAAAACUUAGAGUGCUGGAUUUAUCAAAGAAUAAUCUGGAUAUACUUCCACCAGGAUUAUUCGAUGUGUUAACAGGUUUACAUGAGCUGUACCUGCAUGAUAAUCACUUCCAAACUUUACCACAGCAUAUUUUCACGCAUCUACCAGCUAGGAUGAUUCGUCUGACAGGUAAUCUUUGGCACUGUUCAUGUGCGAUGAGCGAUUGGAAACCGAUGAUUGUCAACCGCAUCAAACAGAAAACAAUCAAAAUCUGUGAUAGCACAGGCGACAAAGGCUUGAGUUGUCCGCAAGAUGAUAAAAUUUACUAUAAAUAUGUAUUUGACAAUGCAGUAGCGCCGAAAUGUUUAACUCCGAAGAAGUUUCUGAACUGGAAUGUUUUUCAUGUCAUGCGGAGGCAAUUUCGAUGCGUAGAGUUUAAACCACGGAUGAAAAAACGCAUGAGGAAGCGUUUGCAUCUUAUUAAUCGGAAUAUAACUAGUAGUCGUGAAGUAGAAGUUGAGAAUGAGUUGACAACUCAUGUUUACGACUUGGAAGAUGAUAAACUAAAGCGUAAAAUGGAACGCGAGAUGAAAAUCAAGAAACAUCAAGAAAUGUUGAUACAGAAUAACAUUGUUGAAGAUAACAAUGAAGAAAAUAAUAAUAUUAUGUAAAGAUACGUGGAAUAUCUUCAUAAAUAUCAAAAUUGGUAACAUAAAAUACCAAUUUUUACUUUAGCAUUAAUAAUUAUUGGAAUAUUUGCGUUUUCAUUCCAAAUAUUUGUAUUUUUUACCUGAAUAAACUUCUAACUCACCUCUAAGAA